UAUAAUCAAGUGAUUAAGAUUAAUUAUAGCUGAAGAAGUGAAUUUACAGCAGCAGCAGCAGCAGCAGCGAUAGUAUUCAAAUGAGCGUCGCCGCCGCCUUCAAAUCUCUCAAAUCUUCCGCCCUCUUCUCAUGGAAACCCACUGGCAAGCUGCAGAAAACUGUGGCGAAUUGCAUCGAGAGAACCGGUCAGGGACUCCACUCGGGUGACAUAUCCACUGUUAGAAUCCUCCCGGAGGCCGCCCGCGCCGGCCGCUACUUCAUCUUCGGGUCAAACGUUAUUCGCGCAUCGAUUGACAACGUCGUGAGAGACACGCCUCUAUGCACCGCGCUUUCCAAAGAUGGCUACAGCGUUCGCACCGUCGAGCACUUGCUCUCCGCUCUCGAGGCCUGUGGCGUCGAUAAUUGCCGCAUUGAGAUUGACGGAUCCAGCAAUUGCGAUCGCUCCGUUGAGGUUCCUAUCUUUGACGGGUCAGCAAGAGAAUGGGUGGACGCAAUCAAUCAAUCCGGAUUAAAGGUGGCUGUAGAUAUUGGUGGUCAAAGUUGUCAAAAAUUGGCACCGUAUCUCAACGAACCUGUUCAUGUGCUGCAUAAUGAUUCUUUUAUAACAGCAAUCCCUUAUCCGAAAGUCCGUAUCACAUACGGGAUAGACUACCCACAGGCACCUGCAAUUGGUUGCCAAUGGUUCUCUUCCUCAAUGUUGGAUGAAUCUACCUACUCCAGUUCUAUUGGUCCAUCUAGAACAUUUUGUAUUUAUGAAGAGGUGGAACAUAUGCGCAACUUAGGACUUAUCAAAGGGGGUUCGGCAGAAACAGCUAUUGUCUGUAGCAUGAAUAAGGGAUGGAUGAAUCCACCUCUGCGCUACGACAACGAGCCUUGCAGGCAUAAGGUGUUGGAUCUUAUUGGCGAUUUUUCCCUUUUGGCUCAAGAGGGUAAUCAAGGUCUUCUGGUGGCUCACAUUGUUGCUUAUAAGGGUGGACACUCAGUGCAUGCUGAAUUUGUUCGCCGCCUAGUUGGGAAUGAUGCAGUUUCUGAGGAGCUCACAGCUUAAG